AUGGAAGUUGAGCUGCCGAACGUCCAUAAAGCUACUUCAAGUGACCAUUGGAGUUUAGCCAGCAGCCAAUAUCCGUCUGGUAAAUUUCCUAAGGUCUCAGUGGGUAUCACGAUUCCAAGGGUAGGUACUGUAUCAAGAGGCGGAGAUGCUACCCCAACACCUACAUUGGACAGGAAUUUGUCUCAGGGAACUGAUGGUUUAUCUAGACCAAAAGGUGAUAAUACUUCACCUCGGGUUUCACAAGAGGCUGUGAACCAUGCUGUAUCCACUGAAGGGGCUCCUGAAGCUGACCCUAUUAUGAAGGUCUCUGUAUCACAACCUGAUGACAAUGCAUGUGAGCAAACAGGAACCUUUUCCUUUGGAACAAGAAGAAAACAAGGCAGCAACAGCCUUGAUAAAUUGGGGACACCUGAAUUUGUUAGUUCCCAAAGAAAACAGAACUUGGAGUCUGCAGAUAAAGGCAAGCCCAAUAGUGAGAUGCUCAGGAUGAAGUUGUGGGAGAUCCUUGGUGGCACUUCACAAAACAAGCAGGCCGUUGCUUCACCAAACCCUGAUGACAUCGAGACACCUGAUCAGCCUAGAAGUCAAACUGUCAAAGGACCAUCUUCAGGGAACAAGGAGGUAUUCACUUCACCUUUUCCUGAUAACAUCAAGACACCAGAUCCACUGAAGCAUCAAACGGUGAACUUCACAAAGUGUACACUGUCCCUUGAUCCAAUCGAGUCAGAUUCUGAUAGUCCAAAAGUUGUUGAAAGAAGACCUGUGACUCGCUCCUUGGGACGCAAGAAAGCACCAGCAUCCUCCAAGAAGCAGAGCAGAAGUGCAAAGAAACCAUUAUCUACUUUUCGCUCUACACCCAAGAAGAAAAUUCUGGACAAUGUGUUUACCUUUAAUGAGAAAUGCACACCAAAAACAGUGGAUCAGGGUGAAAUGAAUAAAGCCACUGAAUCACCUGGCAGCGGAUCUCCUGAUUCUGCCAAAAAACGAGAAAACAGGAAACAACUGUAUCUUUCACCCCUUUCUCCAACUGAGGAUGAAGGGAUUAAAAGUUCUGAAACAAGUUUUGCAAGAGGAUAUAAAUCUCACAAAUGGCCUUCAGAUAUCGAUGGCCCUGAUAAAUCUCCUGUUGAGCAUAUGGGUAGGAAAUCAAAUCUAAAAGAGGACAGAAUGAGCAAAAGACACUUAUCUUCACCUGCUCCUUUUUCUACUUCUGCAACACAAGAAACUACAGAUUCUGAUAAAGAACAAGAACAAUGCCCAGAAAACUUCCUAACCAGGGAUUUUGAUCAAGCUUCCAAGCAGCCGAGCCGAAGUGCAAAGAAACCAUUUUCUACUUUUCACUCUACACCCAAGAAGAAAAUGCAGGGCAAUGUGUUUACCUUCAAUGAGAAACACACACCUAAAACAGUGGAUCAGGACAAAAUGGAUAAAACCACUGAGUUGCCUGGUAGUGAGUCUCCUGGUUCUGCAGAAGAAAGAGAAAACAGUAAACAACCAUCUCAUUCACCCCUUUCUCCAACUGAAGAUGAAGGGAGUAAAAGUUCCGAACAAAGUUUUGCAAAAGUAUAUAAAUCUCACAAAUGGCUUUCAGAUAUCAAGGGCCCUGAUAAAUCUCCCCUUGAGCAUGUGGGCAGGAAAUCAAAACUAAAAGAGGAUAGAAUGAGCAAAACAUACUUAUCUUCACCUACUCCUUUUGCCACUUCUGGAACACAAGAAACUAUAGUUUCUGACAAAGAACAAGAACAAUGCCCAGAAAACUACCUAACCAGGGCUUUUGAUCAAUUAGUAGUGGUUCUGGGAAGGUUCCAAACUAAGAUCAAGUCUGAAACAAGCAAGAAAAGUUCUGAGAUACUUGCAGCUACUAGAGAGAUAAUAUAUCAGCACCUUGAGGGGGUUGAGGCGCAGAUGCAGGCUGAUGUGGAUAAACUGAUCAACACAGGCAAGUCUAAAAGGAAACGCCUAGAAUCUACAUUUGAAGAUCAACAAGAAAAGCUAAGGAUUCUUCACGAGAAGUUCAAGGAGGAGGUCAACAAGCAGCUUCUGAAUUGCAGGAGUUCUCUUGAGGAUUUUGAAUCCUACCAUGCAGAACUUAAGGGAGUAGCUGACAAGCAAAAAUCAUCCCACAAGAAGCUCCUGGUAAAUGCUGAGAAAACAGUAGGUGCUCAGAUCAACGAUGCAGAAACCAAAAUUGCUGAGGUCCAGAAAAGAGCCCGGAAGAGGAUGAAUGGCCUGAAAUACGUGCUCAAGGAGCUGAUUACAGAAACUGCAGAUUGA